AUGGGGAAACGCAACUGCAAAUCGAAGUAUCGUCGUCCUUCACCAGAUCUUCCGGAGUUUCUUUCACCCUCUUCUCCGUUACCUCGCGAUGAUCCUUCUGGCUCCAAUCCAGCUCGCGUCGUCAACAUAACUCAGGAUCGAGCCGACUUCAUUCGAUCUGGUACUUCGGCUUCCCUGAGUCACUUUGAGGUAUCUGAUUCACCUGAUAACAUUCAUUCUCCGUAUCAUCUCUUGAAUUCCGAUCAUCCUGGAUUAGUUCUCACUGCGGAACCUCUUGAUGGUAGCAAUCAUGGUGUUUGGAUUAUAUCUAUGACCACUAGUCUUGAGUCUAAGAACAAGCUAGGCUUUGUUGAUGGCUCUAUAGUCAAACCUUCUGAGAAUGAUCCAUAUUUCAAGAUCUGGUGCCGUUGCAACAGCAUGAUCAAGUCUUGGCUCUUGAAUAACGUGACUAAACAGAUCUACACAAGUAUUCUAUACUUCAAGAAUGCUUCGGAUAUGUGGACGGAUCUUCAUACACGCUAUCACAAAUCCAAUCUCCCAUGGCUCUACAAGCUUCGUCAUCAACUUCAUUCCUUUAAGCAAGGAAGCAUGGAUCUCUCCUCAUAUCACACGAAGACACAUUCAUUGUGGGAGGAACUCUCCAGUCUUCAGGUUGCUAAUCACACUGUUGAAGAUCUCUUAGCCGAACGAGAAACAAAUCGCAUCAUUGAUUUUCUCAUGGGACUCAAUGACAACUAUGAGAACAUUAGAAGCAGGAUUCUCAUGAAGAAGGUUCUUCCAAGCUUCUCUGAGAUAUCAGUGUUCAAUCUUUUGGAUCAAGAAGACAGUCAUCGAGCUGCACACUCUCAGACUUCAUCAUCUUUGGAAACUCCUUCAGCGUUUCAAGUUUCUCAGCCUUCUGCACAUUCUGAUCAAUAUGUCAACAGACCUCCGCAACCUUCAUCUGGCUAUCAAAGGAAAGACAGACCUUUCUACACAUUCUGUCACUGUCAUGGUCAUGUGAUUGAUCGUUGCUAUAAAAAACAUGGUUAUCCAAACAGCAUGAAGCCGUCUCCAAAAUCUGAUCAGAUGGUUUCUUCUAUGUCAGCCAAUGUCGGAGUGAUUGAUACUUCUCAACAUGAUGAUCACAGUGUUGAUGAUCUGUCUCCGACUCAGAUUCAACAACUGGUUUCCUUUCUCAGCACCAAACUUCAGACUCCAACGGUUACUCCCACUCCAGAAGUUCACUUAGUCUCAGCUUCUACACCUUCUUCUUCAACCACUUGCCUAAUAUCCGGUACAUUUCAUCCAUCUAUCCUCUGUUCUUUUACCGGUAUUGAUAGGCCUUAUGUCUGCUCUUUGACUAACAAUGCUAAUGCACUAAAUGCUUGGGUGAUUGACUCCGAGGCUACUAACCAUAUCUCUCAUCAACGUUCCUCUUUCAUUUCUUUUAAAUCUCUUCCUGAUACUACGGUAUCUUUGCCUAACGGAGUUCUGGUUAGCAUUGUUGGCAUAAGCACCAUAGCCUUGGGUAGAAAUCUGAUCCUUAGUGAUGUCCUGGAUUACACUGCCGGGUCUGGUUUGAUGAAUCUUCUUGUGGCAUUCAGGAUCGUACGUGGGAAUUAA